AUGAAACUACUGUUUAUAACAUGCGUUUCUUUUCAAACAACUACUGAUACUUUAUUUAUUGAUCCAUCAGAAGAUCCUUUUCUGGAUCAUUAUAUUGAAACCAUAUCACAUAUGAAUAAAAAAGAUAUUAUGGCUAUUCCAAAAAUGAAUGAUACCGAAUUUGUUCGAUAUCUGUUCAAUGAUAAUGAUGCUGCAGCACGUGGUAUUCAAUUACGCGUUGACACAAGUGUUUUCGAUCCACUUCGUGAUAAUCAACUGAUACAUCAAACUGACAUUGAUGAAGAAUGGGAAACACUCAUGGUUUCUGGACCGAUCGUUGUUGGAUAUAUGGGUAAUUUAAUGGUAAUUGCUAGCAAAAAAGACUUUUCGUUUCAUGCACCAAGUGGAUACGUUUAUCGAUACAUCAGAUAUCCAAAUUCAUUUCGAGCUACACUUGCUCAAGUAUCUACUGAAAUGACAAAUGCUCUUAUGGGCGCACACACUGCAAUGGAUAGAAUUCAAUUGAGUAUUAAACAAGUUCCCACACACGUAAAAACAGCACUGAAAUUAAUAACUUCAGCAUCAGAUGCUAUGCUCAAAUCUAUGUUACCACGCACACUAGAAAGUGUAGGUCGUUUAGCAACAGAAAGUGCGAGUAUAGCUAAUUCAACAGUUCUUCAAUUCAAUCAAUUACAAGAUUUACUUACUGAAAUUAUUGAAUUAAGUGCAAGUACUCAGUCAACAAAUGAAGCAGAUAUCGAACGAAUGAAAGAACAAAGAAAAAAUGCAACUCUCGAACAAGAACGUUUAAAAGAAAAUCUUGCAGCUAUUAAAAACCAAUAUAAUCAAUCAAAAUCUGCUCUAGAAACUGCUCGUAAAAAUUAUGCUGAAGCUAUGGCAGAACUUUCGGCAUCAUCAACACCUACUAUUAUACCAGCUAGAAUGGUCCCAUUACCUGUAAUUAGCUCUGCUAUUGGUUUGGUCGUCGAUGGUAUCAAAGCAAUUGGCUGUAUAUUCGGUAAAUGUGCUGAUCCAGCUCCUACAGUUGACAAUACAAAAUUUGAAAAUGCUAUGAAAGUUGCUGAACUUGCUAAAAAAGAAUUAGAACGCGCUGAAGAAAUUCAUAAUCAGCAUUUUCUUCUUCAAUUAGCUGAACAAAAUGAAUUGGCUAAAACUAUGAAUAGUAUGGCUUUGCUUGAUUUAAGUCAACUGAGUACAGAAGAAGUUGUUCAAUUACUACUUAAAGCUACUGAACAGAUAAGUUUAAUUAAAGAACAAUGGAUACGUAUGAUUAUAUUUUUUUCUACAUUAGCUGCUAAAGCACAUAAUACUCAACAAAGAGUUGUAAAUGACUUUGUAGAUUUUAUACAACAAGCUCAGCAUGAUAACUUAUUAAUCAAUCAAUAUGAACGUGAAUUUUUUGUUGAACUUUUAAUACCUUGUGCUACAGAUAUUGAAAGUGGUGCACAUUUAUUAUUUGUUAUGGCUAAAACUUAUUAUGCUGUAUCAAGUGAACAUAUGAUUAAUCAAAUUGCUGGUAUUAAUAAACUGUCUGUAUUACAAACAGAUGAAGCACGUCAUACUCAACUUCAAUUAGCAUCGAAUAAUACAAUGAUUACUUCAUUAAAAGUAUCUCAAUUAGCACAAAAACGGCAUGAACUUUAUCUUGAAGAAACGCAGAAUCGUCAAGCUGAAUAUACGACUUAUAUGAAUAAUUUAGUAUUAUUUCAACUUGAAGAAACUAUUGGCUAA